CAAUAAGUAUUGGAAAUUUCCUACCAUGCCGAAAGCUAGAAAGAAUGCACGAAGCCAAUCACACCAUUCGAUAUCCUCCGCUAAACCGUAUUCGGCAUCUACAGAUCGGAUAAGGAGAGACGACAAUUUAAAAACAGCCUCAACCAAUCUUAUCACUCCGAAUACUUCUAUCGGUCAGCACUUUUUGAAAAAUCCCGCUGUUGUGACUGCAAUUAUCCAAAAAUCGGCUAUCAAACCCACCGAUGUAGUCCUCGAAAUUGGUCCCGGUACGGGAAAUAUGACGGUCCCGCUAUUGCAAAAAGCAAAAACAGUCGUAGCUCUAGAAUACGAUUCGAGGAUGGUUAGGGAGGUCCUAAAACGUGUUCAAAAUACUACAGAAGAAAGAAAACUCAAGGUGAUCCAGGGUGAUGCCAUUCAGACGAAAUGGCCAUUUUUUGAUUUGUGCGUUGCCAACAUCCCCUAUCAAAUUUCGAGUGCUAUUGUGUUCAAACUUCUCGCCCACCGCCCCAUGUUCCGGUGCGCAGUACUCAUGGUUCAAGAAGAAUUCGCACUGCGUUUGUCGGCACGACCAGGCGAGGCACUCUAUUGCCGUCUUUCCGUGAACUGUCAGCUGCUUGCCAAAGUUGAUCAACUGAUGAAAGUGGGAAGAAAUAACUUCCGACCGCCACCCAAGGUCGAGUCCAGAGUGGUCAGGAUAGAGUUGAAGAAUCCACCACCGCCAGUGAACUUUGUCGAAUGGGAUGGAAUGGUACGGCUACUUUUCAACAGGAAAAAUAAAACCCUGCGUUCGGUUCUCAACACGAAGGCUACACUUAAAUUGUUGGAAGAAAAUCGAAAAACAUUGCAAAGCCUCAAAAAAACCCAGAGGAAGUCUGGCGGGGCUGAUGCGAUGAGCGACGACGAAGGGGAGAACGAAUCUGUCAAGGAUAUCUUAGAACGCAUCUUGUCAAAACCCGAAUAUAAGGACAAGCGAGCGCGCCAACUUGAUCUCGAUGACUUUCUACAGUUAUUGUCAGACUUUCACGAUGAGGGAGUCUACUUUACUUCGUAGGCGAGUUCUGAAUCGAUACAGCUGCUAACGAGAAUGAAACUGUCAACAUCAG